UGACAUGAAGUGAUCCCUCUCUCUUUCACGCCGCCACAUGAAUGGAAUGCUGGCGGUCGCGCCCUGGGAGGUGUGAGGGAAGCGCGCCAAGCCUAGCGUCGUAUGCCGAUCAUUUCCUUCCUCCUCCGUGUCUGUCAGGGAGGUGUCUCCGAAAGGUUAGUCCGAAAAACUCUCCGGAAGGCUCUCCGGCACAGGACCGAUAGUGCGCCGUUUCUGUUUUCCGCCCUGUGCCAUUCCAGCACCUGCAGCACGAGAUGACUUUUGAGUCGACUCAAAAGUCAUCUCGCAGCACUCGCAUGAGCUGAUCGCGCAGCCGAGACACGCGUUACCCCGCGGCUGACGGAGUCUGUUUAGAGGAAAUCGGCGCGGGAGGGGGACGAGAAGGCUGCGCAGAAGAGAUGGCCGGCGGAAAGAGGAAAGGCGGAAAAGCCGCCAAAUCCGCGGCUCAGGCGGAAGCGAAGAAGCAGCAGGAGCAGCAGGAGAAGCAGCAGCGGCAGCAGGAGGAGAAGGAGACGGAGCGCGUGGCGGACUCGUUAGACCCUGACGUGGCGGCGGCGCUCGCGGCGCUUAUGGUUCCUAUAGACUCGCCGCUCGCGCGCUGCGUGGUCCGCGACGACCGGCGCGAAUUGCGGCGCGUUAUCCGGCAGUCGCUGGAGGCGCUAGAACUAGCAGAGAUUUUAGUAGUGGAGGUGGGGGAGGAGGACGAGGGAGAGAGGGAUGAGAAGGAGGAGGAGGAGGAGGAGGGGGAGGGGGAGGGAGCGGAGGAGAAGCGGGCGGAGAGGGCGGAGAGAGAGUUGAUGUUGGAGCGCGUUGGGGAGGUGGUGCGCCAGGCGCUGGCGUGCGCUUGUGUCUGCGACGCCGUGGAGUGCUGCCAGGCUGUCAUCGCCUUGACGCCUGCUGACGUGGAGCCCGGUCACCCGUGCUGGGCGGUGCAGGCGGACGAGGCGGUGGCGCGCUCACCGCACUGCGCGCGCCACGUCGCGGCGCUCACAGCGCUGCACAUGGCCGCCAGAUUCCACCGUGCGCGGUGUAUAUCCGCGCUGCUGGCAGCGGGUGCGGACGCGAGUCUGCCUGCCGGGCCGCUGGGGCUCACAGCGCUGGAGGAAGCACUGCUGUCCAAGAAGCUGCACUUGGACUGGGGACCACAGACAGCCCCGCUGCGAGUGGUGAACACGCUCAGGCACGAGCGCAACCUCGACACCGUACAAAUGCUGCACCAGCACGCCUCUGACGGCCUCCGCGUGGCCUUCACUCUUGCCGGGUGCUUCCGCCUGGUGCCGCUCGUGGCGCUGCUCCUGUCGGGGGGCUCACCCCUCCUCAACACCACGGUGGCCCCCUUGCACCACCCGUGGCUGGGCGCCGCCUCCCUGGGCGGCUGCGAGUGGAUGCACGGCCACCCGUCCCUCACCAUGCUGGAUGUCAUUCUCGCCAACCUCCUUGACCUCUCCCGGGUGCCCUUGUCUCGGCCCAGCAUGGCUCACAGCCAGCAUCACAGCCACAACCACAACCACCACCAACACCAACACUACCACCAGCAUCACCAGCAUCACCAGAACCAUCACCAUAACCAUCCUGAUGGAGAUGACGACGACGACGAUACGUUCUGGGAUGCACGCGAGGAUGGGGACGGAGCAGCCUCCUCCCCGGCGUCAUCCACUGCCGGCGACAGGACUGAUAGGAGCGAGCGCAGCAGGAGGGUGCGGCUGUCAAAGCGCACCACGUGGCUGGCGGCGAUAGGGCUGAUGGUGGUGGAGCCGUGGCAGGAGGUGCUGAUCGGCGAGCAGGAGAAGGAGCAGCAGGAGCGCGACCAGCAGCAGCUCAAGCUGCUGCUGCAGCCGUCGCAGGAGGGCGACAGGCAUGGGAGCGGCGUGGACGAGACCAAGGGAGGGAAGACGAAAGGGAAGCGAGGGGCGGAGGCAGCGGCCACAGCAGGAGGAGGGGGAGGAGGUGAGUUGGGGGGAGGGGGAGGAGGGGAAGAUGGAGGAGGCAGGAACCAAUCAGAGGUCCGGUUGAGCGAGUUGAGGAUGAGGGGACUGAAGGUGCUGGAGGCGUUGCUUCUCUUCAACCCGCCUCUGUCCGGCCACGGGCCCAGCGUGCACCAGGUGCCGCUGGCGCGUGCUGCGGCAGGGAACGACGGCAUGGUGGUGGGGCUGCUGCUGGACGCAGGCGCUGCUGUGGCGGACAGCGAUGGUGAUGGCAACACUGCGCUGCACUGGGUGCUCCGACAGGCCACCCCUUGGAACGGGCGGCCAGUGAACACAGCAAUACUGCAGCGGCUGAUAUCAGCGGGGGCGAGUGUGCUGGCAGGCAACCACGUGGGGGCGACCCCCGUGCACACAGCAGCGGGGCACGGGCACUCGGAGGCGCUGCAGGUACUGCUGGGGAGGGAGGCCGCUGCCGCUAACGUGGUCACGGACAGGCGCGAGACGCCACUGCACUACGCUGCUCGGCACAACCACGUGGCAUGUGCGGCCGUGCUGCUGUCCUUCGGCGCGUCAAACAGCGUGGAGAACGCCGGAGGGUGGCGGCCAGGCCAGCUCACCUCGUCCACGGAGCUGCGGCAGAUGCUGGGGGAGACAGGCCCCCCCAUGGCGGGGGGGGAUGGGCAGGAUUCCUCUUCUGGCGGGGAUCGUCCGUGGGAUGCGUCUGCAGCUGGUGCUGGUGGUGGGGUUGGUGGGGGUGGUGGUGGGUCUGGGCCUGCUGCCCCCCCUUGGGCUGACUCGCUGCAUCAGCUGCGGCUGGGGUGGAAGGAGACGGAGCAGCAGCGGCAGAAGCAGCAGAAGCAGCAGCAGCAGCAGGAGCAGCAGCAGCAGCAGCAACAGCAGCAGAAGCAGCAGCAGCAGCAGAAGGCGGGAUUUGACCCCAAGUACAAGUACAAGACGCAGAUGUGCCGGCGGUGGGUGCAGAUGGGCAAUUGCAGCCUAGGCGCGCACUGCACGUUCGCCCACGGGAAGAAGGAGCUCCAGGAGGCGAAACCCCCUCCCAAGGAGUUUAAAGAGGCGAAGCCAGGCAAGGAAGUCAAGAGGGAGAAGCCAGCGAGUAGAGGGGCGGCAGGAUGGGACAGUGCUGUUGCUGGUGCUGCUCCUGGCUGGGAUGUUGCUGCUGGGUGGGAUGCUGCUGCUGCUCCUGGUGCUGCUGGUGCUGGUGCUGGUGUUGGUUGGGAAUCUUCUGCUGCGUCUGGUGGUGGGGAGAGCAGGGAGAGUGCCAGCUUCGUGCCGUGGGAGAGCAGCUCGAGUGGGUGGGGGGGCAGUGAGAGGGGGGGCGCAGCAGCAGAGGCAGCGUCGUGGGAGUGGGGCGACCAGUCAGAGGACGCCAGGAGCACCGGCGCUGCCAGCUGGGGGGGUGGCAGCAACAGCAGUGGCAGCAUGAGUGCAGCUGCUCGCGGUGGUGGGGGUGGCGGUGCUGCCAAUGGUGGUUUUUCUGGUGGGGUGGCAGCAGCACGAGGAAAGAAGUCACUUGCACUGACAGAAGAUCCUGCCUUCAUCCCCUACAAGAUAUUCGUGGGCGGGCUGCCCUACGAUGUGACGUCAGACGACCUAGCAGAGCACUUCGAGACGGUGUACGGGGGCGUGGUGGACGCCGCAGUGCUGCAGGCGUCCGACCCGGCGGCCUCGGAGCCGGGGGCGAUGCGGUCGCGGGGGUUUGGGUUCGUGGUGCUGGAGUCAAGGGAGAUCGUGGCGUGGCUGCUGCAGAAACACUUCGUGCCGCUGGGGGGCCGCAUGGUCGAGAUAAGGACUGCUUCCAUGCGCGGCGCUGUGCCUGCCUCUAAUGCUGCCGCCCCUCCUGCUGCCACUCACAGCACCACCACCGAAAGCACUGCCAAGGCACCAAAGCCCAAGGCUCAUCCGUCCCCGCACCCCUCCGCGCACGCUUCCCCCCAUCCCUCCACGCACGCUUCCCCUCACCCCUCGCCCCAUCCUUCCCCCCACGCCUCCCCACAUCCCUCCUCCCACCCCUCACCCCACCCUUCUCCCGGUCAUAAGCAGAAGCGCCUACCCCCGCAGCCUUCCCCCGACCUUCCCUCCAACUCCUCUUUCUCCUCCAGUGCCUCACCCCCCAACCCAUCUGCCCCUCUCAAUCCGGACCAUCAACCCCAUCAACCUUAUCAACCCCAUCAACCUUAUCAACCCCAUCAACCUUAUCAACCCCAUCAACCUUAUCAACCCCAUCAACCCCAUCAACCCAAUCAACCCCAUCAACCCCAUCAGCCCCAUCAGCCCCAUCAGCCCGAUCAACCCCAUCAGCCCCAUCAAACCCAUCAGCCCCAUCAACCCCAUCAGCCCCAUGAGCCCCACAAUGCCACAGCUCAGGCCCAGCCCCCCCCCCGAUUCCCUUCUGCCACUGCUGGGGACUCGUACCAAGGCUCCACACAGACGCACCCAGACUCCUGGGGCAGCAGCACUGCUGCUGCUCCCGGCACCCCCAGCGCUGCUGCUCCUGUUGCCGCAGUGCAUUUCAAGGCGCAUGGGAAAGCGGUGGCAUCAGCAGCGCACGGGGAGGAGGUGCUGUCGGUGGGUGAAGUGGAAGCAGCGAUGCGGCAGACGGCACAGGAGGAGGCACGGAGUGGGAUGGGGGCGUGGGGAGUGCAGCAGCUGCAGGCCCAACAGCUCCUUCAGCUGCAGCAACAGCGGGUGCAGGAGGAGCAGGUGCAGCAGCAGCAACAGCAACACCAGCAACACCUGCAGCAGCAGCAGCAGCAGCAGCAGAAGCAGCAGCAGCAGCAGCAGCAGCAACGGCAACAGCAGCUGCAGCAGCAGCACCACCACCACCAUCACCAGCACCACCUGCAACAGCAGCAGCAGCAGACUCAGCCUUUCGAAUCACAGUGGCAGCAACAGCAACAGCAGUUGCUGCAGCAGCAGCACGACCUACAACAACAGCUGCUAGCCCUCCAGCAGCAGAUCCUCCUAAGCCAGCAACACCUCGCCACACCCCCUCCCUCCCACCCCUCCACUUCUUUCCCCACCCCCUCUCCCACCACCACUCUGCUCCCCACGCUGCUACCAUCGUCAACACCUACCGCGCACAGAGCAGCACAACUGCCAUCCUCUGCCUCCGUCUUCCCAGGGGCUCACUUGCCCAUCCCUGGGCUUGGGCUUGCCACAGCACACGCAUUCACCCCGCCAGGCUUCUCGUUACCUGCAGCAGUGUCUGCACGCGCACCCGCGCAUGUGCUGGCAGCAGCAGCAGGCCCCUUGGCAGGGGCAACACAGCCAGCAGCUGCGGGUAACGAGAGGAGAGAACCAGCAGCCAUGGGUAUGAGAGGUGGUGAACCAGCAGGGGAGGCGGGAGGCGAGGAGGAGGAGGAGCUAGCUUGCCUGUUGUCCAUGCUGAACGCUACUGGCUGAAGGACCUGCCAGCCGGACGGACGAAGAGCAGUACCCGGUGUUGGUGGCACUGCAACACCAUGUGGUUGGUUGGGCAGACGCCCAAUGGCCUUUGGUAGAUGAUCACUGAAUGGGCUUAGUUUCUGGUAUCGUAGUUCCUACCACCGGGCUCGGUGUGAGGUUCUGCUUCACAGAAUCAUAUGCUUGGCUGUCGCUCCUUCUCUAGCGCCACAGUUGUGCUGUUGUCCCUUGGCUAGUGUGCACAAUCAUGACAAAGAAGAGAAGAGUUAUCUA